CGGAGCGCAUCGCAGAAAAGAAGCAAAAAGUCUCGCACGACGACAGCAAAAAAGCAUUCUCCAUCUUAAGUUUUCUUCACGGUCGGUGUAUAGCGGGACAGAGUGCAGUGCAGUGUCGGAAAUCCCAUUUAUAUCCGCGGUUCCGUAUUCCAAAUACUAUUCGUUUCCGCUUCAUUGGGUGCUGCGAAUCCGCGUUUCGGUGUUUUGGUGGUGCAAUCGUGGGGCGGAAAAAAACUGCGGGCGCCAAAUUCGCUGAAUGUUUGGAAGGUGUUUUGCGUGGGACCAAAGGAAGAAGGAUAAAGCAAGAAGCUAUUAGCAUUAGUGAGGUGUGCGAAAAGUGUAUGAAAAAGUCGGGUUUUUCUCGCGCUGGUAUCCUGGAUUAGAGUGGAAGGUGGAGCUGCUUACUGUCCCAGGAAAAAGCGAGGCGGCUGCCAAAAGAAGCCAGAGAAUAAUUGCUGAAUCGCUAUCAUUUUAAGUUUUGCUGGUGGAAUGCAAAGCUGGAUGUCGUUCUGGAUGUCGAAUCAAAAUGGCUACUGCCGUCGAAGAACCUGAUCUGUUCAAUGGCCUAGAGAUCACCGAAAUGGAUGAGAUGAACAUGGACAACAGCGACGAGUACGUUUUUAUUCCGUCCGACAAUGAAAACGAGGACGAGAAUGGAUCCGUUGCUCAAGCACCGCCGAUUAGUGAAUCUGUUGUUGACCCAACAACGGCUGCGUCAUCUGAUCCGAAAAUGUCUGUGGAAAGAGAAGAGGAGAUAACCGAAACAAUUGAAACGGUCGAACCGGUGAUCGCCAUUGAACGGAUGGAUACUCCUGGUGACCAACUUUUAGCCCAGAUUGAACUGGGCAGUGCGUUGAUGAAGAGCAUUGGCGAUGCGCGUGUUAUGGAUGGAGAAUUGCGGAUAGUGAAGAACAUUGAUCUUACUGAAGAGGACGAGGCCGCGACAGAGCAGGAAGACCAGAGAUUUACCGUUAGCUAUGAUUUCAAUCUGGAUAUGCAACAAUUGCUCAAUAUUGAACAGACAGAACAACUUUCUCCUGGUUUCACUAUUAAAGAGGAAAUUGAAAUAGAAGAGCCUGUAGUGAAUCUACCAUACGAUGAGGAUGCUGGUCCAUCCAUGUUGUUUGGAGAACAAUUAAUGAUUCAACAUGAUGAGCAUAAUGUAGGUAGCGAGGUAAUUACGCAUGACUCAGAUGCUGCCGAAAGUGAAAAUGAAGAGGAAAAUGUUGUCUUAUCUUUAAUGGAACAAUGCCCAAUUACUGUCAAACAAGAACGCCCUGAUGAGGAUAAAACUUCCGUGGAGAACGAUCAUGCGUACAGCUCUCAAACGGAUCAAGAUACUGUCACGGUAUUAAAACCAGACGACACGAUGAAAAGUUUUUUGGACAUUUCUAAGAAACUUCUAGAAGAGACUGACUCUUCUUUGGCUGAUAAAGAUCAAACAUUAAAAAGUAUAGCCAGCAUAGAACUACAACUAAGACUCUUAAAGGACAAACUUAUUCCAAAAGAAAAAUCGCCCGACCGAGAGAAUGCGAAUCAUGAUGAAAUAAAGGACAUAGUCUUACCUGCAGAGGUUCCUACAAACGAAGACCAUAUCAGCGAAACCGAGCCUCCAUCUCGUAAAGAAUCGACGGAUGUGGAUACGGUUUCGUUGGAACUAUCCCAAAAUUGUUCCGAACGUCUAGAAUGUAAUUCCGAGAGUGAACAAAUAUAUAGCAACUCUGAAGAGAGCGAUAAAGGAAGUGAAACGCCAACAUCUAAACAACCGGCAGUUGCCGUAACAUCGGCAUCUAUUGAAAAUGUAGUUGAUCAAUCAGAAAACAACCUUGCUGCAGAAGAGGAACUAGACAAGCUGCCACAAGACACAGAAGAGGAAAUGGAGAACCUCUCCAAGGAUCCAGCCGAACGAACAGAUAACAAUCUUUGUGAAGAUCUAUCAGAGUCACUAGAGCAAAUAGAACCAUUGAAUACUACAGAAAAUUUAUCAAAAAUUUUAUCUGAAAAUGCGUCUGAACCGUUGGAGCAUCAAAAUACAAUUGAUGUCACAGAAGUAUCUGACUCAAAACACAAUCAUGAUGAAAAUGCUAAGCAGGUAGAGCAAUCUGAUGAUGAUACGAUAGAAUUCCAAAAUUUAGAAAAUGGCGGUGAAAUAGAAGUAGCAGCAUCAGAUCCACAAAUUUCAAAACAUUUUGAGAUAAGAAAUGUGCAAGAUCUCAUCACUUUUGGUGACUUAUAUACUAAGGAAUGUGAAAAAAUGCUUGACUUACUCAACAACAAUCGUCAGGUGCAGAGUGAAGAUGUUGAGGAUCACAAAACUUUACAAGCAAGUGAGGAAGAAUACUCAAAAGUAGAACACUAUAUGUUGUCCCUAAAGAGUAAUAUCCACAGGUUAACGCUGAAGAUGUCAUCAAAUAAUGCACCGUUCCACGAUGAAGCAUCUUCCAAGUUUGUUGAUGUUUGUAUACAAACAGAAAAAAUCAAACGCAAACCAAUCAAUGCAAGUGCACUAAAUGAAAAGUAUAAGAAACGUCUACUAAGCUCACUGGGUGAAGAUGAAGCAUGCGAACAGGAUUCAUCGAGUGAUGCCGAAUCAUCUGGCUCGAACGAUGCGAAUGACAACGCUAGUGCAGUGGCAGAAGGAGACGGAUACGAAGAUGAUGAGGAUGAGGCAGCGUACGAAAGAAGGCAGAAUCGAAGGAAAUCAAAGCGAAUGCGGCAACAAAUAUCAGAGGAAAAGUACACAUCUGCCGUGGAAGAAUCGGAUGAAGACGAAGUGCAACCCAGUAAGAAGAAAAACAAACGAAGACUCGAUUCUACAGAUUCGACAAUAUCCAAAGGAAGCAGCACUGCUCCGACGUCAGUCAGCGUGGUACCGGAAGAUGGAGAUGAAAUCCCAGUUAAGAACGAACCGUACUCCGAAAUGGGUUCUGAAAAGUCCAGUGUAGUGUAUGACCCCAUAGAUGAGUAUGAUGAUCAGAGUACAUCAUCAGUCAAGCAAGAAACAUCGCCUGAAAUAAAUCCAUCCACUGACAAUGAAGGUUCAAAUAAAACCAAACCGGGAAAUGAAAAUGAAAAGUCGAGUACAGAACACGAAGAAAACGAAGCUGAGAUACAGUCUGAAAGCGAUUUGCUUGACGAUGUUUUAGGACAGGUGGAUGAUAUUCUGCUGGAUGUUAAUGAUAUUUUGCCUGCGGCGGAAGGGGUUGUGCAAGAUUACUUAGUUGAAGAGGAAGUUAGAACUGAACAAACAGAGGAGCCUAAAAAACAGAACCUUGAUGAAGGUAUCAGGGAAAAACCGAAGAGUAGUGGAAAACGGAUAGAGAGCGAAGGGGAAGAUGAAGCAGCUGGAUCCGAUCGCGAAGAGAUGGAGAAGGAAAAAGCACCAGAGGACAUGACUGAAUCCGAGCUAGAAGAAUAUUAUGACAACUUGCGAGACAAGGAAAUCGACAAAUUGUGCAAUCUAACAAAUCUUGAGGUGGCGAGAAAUGCGUAUCCACAAAAGCCACAGGAUGUAAAAAAGAAGCCGGUAUUGGUUAAGAAGAAGGGCCGCGUCAUCGAUGACAUCCUGAACAACGUAGAGCUACACCAUGAAUCAGAGGACAGCGAAAGUGACAAUGAAGGUUUGGAGACUGAAGAACAAUUCCUGCAAAAAUGCAAUGAAAAUAUGAAGAAUCAGCUGCUCAAUCAACUUAGUAGUAGCGACACAGAUCACGAUUCUGGGAGUGAGGACAGUGCUGUUGAAGCGCUCAAGCAAGAGGGAGAUUACGAUUCAGAUGAUUCGGCCGGCUCUAUUUUGAUGGAGAAGUUCUUGAAAAGUUUAGACAAAAACCACGACGUAAGUGGAGACGACGAGAUGCGGAAUGAAGAAAAUCGUAAGGUAGAUGAAGACGCAGACUGUUCCAGGGCUCUUACUGAUGAUUUAGAUGACGAUAAAAGCAAGAAGAGUGAUAAGGAUUUCAUUGAUGAUUCCGACAUGAAAGACGAUGAUAAUGAAGAAGCCAUGGAAAACAUGAAAAAUCGUCUGAAAAAAUCAGAGCGUGUGAAAGUAGAUUCUGAUGUCAAAGACAAAACGAAGGAUGGAGCAACAUCCACGAACAAAACGGCUACAAUCGAUCCGAUUGAUAAACAGUUGUUCAGCAAGAAAAUGUUCCGAGAAGUAGAUGAAACACUGCGGAAAGAUCGAGAGCAGGAUCUGCUCGGCCCGGAGAAUGGUUCUUUGGCAGAUCGUUCCGAUCGGAUCGGUAGUGAUGAUUCUGACGUUGAACUGUUGGAUGUCUCCAUGUUCCAACCUAAACGUAAAAUUAAAGAGCAAAAGCUUGAAGACUUUGAUUUCAGUGCAACUGCAAAGCGUACUGCGCCUCAAGCCAAAAAACCAAAUGCGAAGGACGGUGACUGUAUCAGUCUCAGUUCGGAAAGUGAAGCCGAAGUCGAGGAAACUAACGAAACUGAUGAGAAGGACAACAAACAACGGAAAAUUCGAGCAAUGUUAACACAGGAUCAGUUAGCAGAUGAAACCAAAACGGCUCAGAAAGAUGAGGAAAUACGAGUUUCAAGGCUGAAGAAGAAAAAUGAAAACUUGAAGAAGUUUUUACCCUCGUUCCAACCUGGGCCGGAAGAAAGUAAUCUUGUAUUGGAUUACGAUGCCAAAAUGGGAAGAGCCAUUUGCGUACAUCCCGAUAUAUUGAAGCUUCUGAAACCACAUCAAAAAGAAGGCGUCCGUUUUAUGUAUGAUAAUACCUAUGGAAGUGUGGAAUACAUCAACAAGAACCCAGGAUCCGGCUGCAUUCUAGCUCAUUGUAUGGGUCUCGGAAAAACUCUUCAGUUAAUUACGCUGCUACAUACAGUGAUGCGUUAUCCACAGCUGAAAACCAAACGGGUACUUGUAAUUUGUCCUAAAAGCACCGUAAUGAACUGGAGCGACGAAAUUCAGCACUGGCUGGGAUCAUUGAAAAGUGGCCCCCGGCUGAAGGUUUUCUAUUUCCCGGACAACAGUGACGUCAACGAUAAACUGAAAGUUCUCAGCGAUUGGUAUUCGUCUACGGCGAACCGUUGCGGAUGUAUGCUGAUAGGAUACGAAGCCUUCCGAAUUCUGGUCAACUACGAGAAGCGCAAACGAACUCCGUCGAAUAUACUAGCGGCGAAGGCCGCCUUCGUGAAGAAAAAGGUAGACGAAUACCUGCUGAAUCCGGGUGCCGAUCUUGUUAUCUGCGACGAAGGGCAUCAGAUCAAAAAUAAAAAGUCCGCCAUCAGUGGUGCCGUGUCGCAGAUCAAGACCAAGCGAAGGAUCGUCCUGACGGGAACGCCGAUUCAGAACAAUUUGAAGGAAUAUUAUUGCAUGGUCAACUUCAUCAAACCAUCAUUCCUGGGGAGUGAUCGAGAGUUCAAUAACCUAUAUGCUAAUCCCAUCAAGAACGGUCAACACAAGGAUUCAGACAGCAGAGCAAUCAAGAUCAUGAAACAGCGGUCGUACGUUUUGCAUAAUAAGCUGUCUAAGUUUGUUCAGCGGAGGGAAGCUGGCGUACUGAAGGAAUUUCUACCGGAGAAAUUUGAGUAUGUGUUAUUCGUUCCACUCACGCCUGUACAAGAAAAAAUGUACGAGGUAUUUUUGCAGAUGAACGAAUAUACAACACCAAGUGGAGAAGCAGGAGAAGCUGCCAAAGGUAAAAAGUUCAAGCUUCUCGCUGAUUACACAUCGCUGAGAAAGAUUUGGACACAUCCCAAGGUACUGGAGAAGGCAUGGGAGACGGCAGUGCAAGAGAAAAGCAAACGGGACGCCCGGUUCCGGUUGACCUCGACUCCGGACUCGGAUGAUGAUCGACCAGAUGAUUACAACGACAUUGCGUCGGGCGCUCUCUCCGUCACAAAUGACUGGUGGCGGAAGCAUUUGGAGGCGAACGAUCUGGAAUCGUUGUAUCCAAGCGGCAAACUUAGAAUAAUGUUCGAAAUCUUGAAGCAAUGUGAGGAGCGUGGCGAAAAAUGUUUGAUAUUUUCUGCGUUUGUGGCAGUGUUGAAUGUGGUUGAACACUUUAUGGCAAAGAUACACAACCGGGAGAAGGAAUCGAUGGCCGAUGUUUAUGGAUACAGUGCGUACAAGGGUCCAUGGGAAUCCGGUAAGGAUUACUAUCGAUUGGACGGAAAAACACAGAAAAAUAUUCGACAUCGCAUGAUAACGUCUUUUAAUGAUCCGUCUAAUAAACGAACGAAAUGCUUCCUGAUUUCGGCAAAAGCUGGCGGGCAAGGUAUCAAUCUUAUAGGAGCGAAUCGGGUGAUCAUUUUGGACACCUCUUGGAAUCCAUCCAACGAUCAGCAGAACAUAUUCCGAAUAUUUAGAUUGGGCCAAAAAAGGAAGUGUUACGUGUACCGAUUGCUGGCGAUGGGAACUAUGGAAGAAAAGGUGUACUCCCGAUCGGUAACUAAACAAGCCAUGAGUUUCCGGGUUGUAGAUGAGCAGCAAAUCGAUAGACAUUACAGUUUCUCGGAACUGGCAGAAUUGUACAAUUUAUCGAAAGUAGCGGACCAAGUGAGAGAGGUACCCAUUCUUCCGGCUGAUGAUGUACUUGCUUGCUUGCUGAGGAAUCAUCCGGAUUGUGCUUUCAAGUAUCAUGAACAUGAUUCUCUGCUGGAAAAUAAGCCGGAACAGGACCUGAGUGAGGAAGACAAACGCGAGGCAUGGGCGGCAUACGAACGGGAAAUCCAAAACAAUGAAAAGCCAUCUUACCUGGGCAAUAUGAACAUGAUGCCAAAUUUCAUGGGUUCGAUGUUCCCUGGAGCCCCCGGAUCUGGUAUUGGGCCGUAUCCACCACUCGGCUACUCCGGACUAUCAGGAACGUUGGCCGAUAUGUAUAGGAGUGAUUUCGGUUACGGAUCUGGCCUGAAUAGGCUGAUGUACCCAUAUGGAAACCAGCCUUUGCCCAUGUUGAACGAUCCCAGCUACUCGUCCAUCAUGGGCAAAUCUCCAUACCAGAAUUUCGGGCUUCCACAAACAUCUUCUAGCACCUUACCAGACUACGGUUUGUCGGCUGCGAUGAAUGGACAGGGAUCGAGUGGAACAACCAAUUAUAAUUCCACUGUUGCUCUUCAGAGUUUGCUAGAUCUGUACGCCAAAUCAAUGUCCACGGCAAUGAGUUCCAGUACAAUCACAACAGCAACAGCGACAUCCGUCUCUCCCAGUGCGUCGACUACUUCGGCAGGAGUUUCACCUUACAACGCUUUAAGUUCCUUGAAGCAGUUCAACGGUUUCCCUCCCGGGCCAUCCAUCUCAACACCUGUUCCUCAUUCAUCUCCUCAGCUAGCCCCACCAAAAAAUACACAAAGCCCAAGCAGUAUGUCCGGGGGAAACGCUGCCCUGAUCAAUAUGCUCAAUGAGCAACCCAUGCCAAUGUCAUCGGCUGCUUCAUCCGGACCAUUCUCUCAUCUAAAAACACCGCUACCUGCCCCUUCCGUUCAUGUACCACGAAGCGUUCCUAGUGCUUUAACGACCACCACGACAACAGCCUCUUCGCCAGUAUUAUCCACUACUUCACUACCACCUACUACACCAGCUUUAUCUAUCACGCAACCGUCAUCCCGGAUCAAUUUUCAUAAGCCACCGGAACGAUCGAAACCAACUCUUGAUCCUCAGCCAGUACCUCUGACAACAACAGUUGUGGCCAGCGAUGACGACGACGUAGACGACGAUGGUAUUCCCCGUCCGCAUAUCAUUGUUAGGGAUCCAUUGUCUAUCAACGCCACUGGUUCAAAGUCCCAGCAAGAACAAGACAAAGUCGUGAAAAAGAUAAACAUGGGUAUAGUCUACCCAGAAGAGAAGAAGAAAGAUCAAUCUAAAGACAUCAUGCUAAGUGCAAAGAGCAUAACCAACUUAGCGAAACCUACCAUUGCCGUUAAAAAUGUCGAGAGCAUGAAGGCAGUUCCUACGUCACUAGUUGGCUCUAAAACUCUCUCACCUGUUACUGUUAUGUCUCGCAACAAACCAAUUCGGGCAUCUCCGAUACAGACUCCACUAAUGGGAACUCAGAGGCCACAAACAGCUCGACAGUUGCAGCUACCACAAAAUCACCUUAUCCGUACUCCCCUGUCGGGAUCAUCUCCCGUGAUUAACAAGCAAUCCGCUCUACCAAGGCAGCAAGUUCCUGUGAUAACAAGCGCCAAGUCUCUACAGUUGAGCUCACCUAAUCUAACAACAGGAGCUAGUCCAAACGCGCAGAUGAGAGCUUCGAUUCCGUCGAACGCAUCGACAUCUCCUUCAGCAAAUCCUGUACCGAGAGGUUUGAUAGCUGCACAACAAUUGCGAGAACUACAGCAGCGUAUGAGCAGCAAUAACAACAAUCCGAAUCAAUUGAAUGUAGCAAAACCGAAGAACCCUGGGAACCAACUGGUACCAGUACGACCAGCAUCUGCGAAGCAGUCUCCUGGAGCUCAUCCCGUGGGAAUAUUUGCGUCACAAGCUACUUCUGGAUUGCAAACCAGUCAAAAACAGAACAAAUCACCCAUUGCACUUUCCGCCGCCGGGCGGGUGAAUAAGUCUUCUCUAGCAGACAGUGUCAGUAUAACAAAAAUCACCAGCGCCGGACAGCGAAUAGCUAUGAGCAAUCCAGCGUUGAUGAACGUGGCAUCCGCUGCCAGUUCGACAAACGCGACCAACAAUUCGACGCUGGCCAUGAAUCCUUCCGCACUGGGAGCGAGUUUAGGUCGAAAGCAGGACUUGGUGAUCACGAAAACCACGCCCGGUGCAGCGACCGUUCGGAAGGUGCUCCCUGGACCAAACAUGGUUGUGAAGGCGCACAGUGGACUACCAAAUGCCGUUACAAAACGUAACAUAAACGCAAUAAACCCAACGUUAAAAGCGCUAUCGAACGCUUCAUCAUCCGGUGGGACAGGCCCAAGAUUACCGGCCGGUAUAACGACCGGCAAUAGUAUAACCGUUCGGAAACGAAAAGCGACGGAACCGACGCUGAUCGACAAUCUCAAGGCUAAGAACAGCUCGAUCACUAUAAGUGAGGUUCGGUCCGCUUAUCAACCACCAGCGGCGAAGAAGCCCAACCAGGGUCUGGCGGCACAGAAACGGUUUGGUAGCGGUAUAACGAUUACACCGCGAAAGCCCACUACUCAACAGCAACAGCAAAACAUUUUAGAGGUAGUUGAAAUUGAAUGAGUGGGACAACUACCAUCCGGUAGCCAUCAGUGAAAUCCAUGACCGUGGAAACAGGCCGGUUUGACAAAGAAGGAUUGAUCAAUGUUAGUCGCCAUCACUAUUCAAAACAGGUUUAUGUUUGUUUUAAAUCAUGUUUUAACUAGGAAUUCUGAAUGUAAACUACCGUAAGCAAGACAGUGACGGCAUGUGUUUGGAUGUGUGCAAGCAUUAGUGAGUAUAUGGUAGAGCGGAACGGAAUGUACAGGAUAUAUGGAAUAACUCGCUUCUAAAACCAAAAUUUAAUCUAAACACAACUGUAUAGUAACUAUUAUCAGUGAAGAUUUCUGUACGAUUAGAAGAGGGAGAUAGAUUUUCGCACAAUAUUGAAGACAACGAGUUGUUUUUGUUGCCUUUUUUCUGAACCAUUGACGUGGAUAGAAAUGUGUAAAAUAUUUUUAUUAGACUGGAAGUUUUGGUUUUGUGAAUAGAUUUAUUAAUUUAAUAGCGGACUAUUUAUUUACUCUGGACAUAUUAGGUAUAUACUAGUAUUUCAUUAGAUGAUUUUGAUGAAUCGAAAGCAACACAUGAGAAUACACCUAUGCUUGUUCCGCUCUCGGUGUCGAGAUCUAGGUUUAUAAGUGUGUACAGUCACUUUUUAAAUGGCAAUAACCCACUAUGAUGUACAUUUUGUUAAUAGAAUUUGUGAUUUUACACAGCAUUAAAGAUAAUAAACCUAAUAAUUUAUCUUGUGAUACGUA